GAGGCGAGCGGGUCCGGGCCUCCUCCCACCUCCUCUUCCUCCUCCUCGGUGCCGUGCCUCGCCCUCCCGGGGUGGCCCUGUCACUGUGAAGGUUCACGAUGUCUGACAGAAAGGCUGUGAUCAAGAAUGCGGACAUGUCUGAGGACAUGCAGCAGGAUGCUGUAGACUGUGCUACACAGGCAAUGGAGAAGUACAACAUAGAAAAGGACAUUGCAGCAUAUAUAAAGAAGGAAUUUGACAAGAAAUACAACCCAACUUGGCACUGCAUUGUUGGCAGAAACUUUGGCAGCUAUGUAACACAUGAGACAAAGCACUUCAUUUAUUUUUACUUGGGUCAGGUUGCAAUUCUUCUCUUCAAGUCUGGAUAGGAAGUAGGAGCAAGUGAAAUUUGGACUGUAAUGCACUGAUGGCUGAAGCCACGACUCCCUUUAACAUGGCUAUGCCGCUGCAUGGACUGUAUACUAUAUUUAAUGUGUAUAUGUUGCAGUAAAAAUCUACUUCUGUUUAGUUGCCUGGGAAGAAGGCGGCAUUUUUUUGUUACUGCUUUUUUGGUUGUAUUGCACUAGGAAACCUGUAAAUGCUUAAACAAUGGCCUUUACGUGGGAAGAAAUAAAACUAUUCCACAACAGCUCCCUCAGUGGUAACUCCUUCUUUGAGGCUGGGAAAACUUCUUUGGGCAGGCCAAAAGACCCUGACUUCCUUACUGAGUUUUAUUAGACUGUUAAUCUUGUAACGAGGAGCAAAGCCAGUGUGAGCCUCUGCACCCACCCUGCAGACUGUAGAGAGCUGGCUCUCCCAGUAACCUCACUGCAGGUACUUAGACCUUCCCUGAAAGCUGGUGGGGUGGCUCUUGAUUAUGUGGCUUUCACACACAAGUUGAACUCCACCUCGGACUGUGAUAAACAGACUUGCAGCUGGCACCCUUGGUGUUCUCUUUCGGUGCCCAUCACUGUAUUUUUGGCUCUGCUGAAACAUUGACCUAGACUUGUAAGCAACUCAGCCUGGUCUAGAAGACUUCAACAAACAUCCCCCCUGAGGUGCUGCUUGCUGCAGAAAGCAGCAUCCUGUGGCUGAAGUCUUUAGACCUUGAUACUGAGAUCUAAAGCCAUGUGGCCCGUCCCCGAAAUGGAGUAGGAUAUCAAAUUGGUGACUACUGACAACAGCUCUAUUUGGCAUGUUCUUAGCCAGUUGUCUCAACACUGCCUUAACUUGAUGCUCUCCUUAAAGCAGGCUAGUCAUGUGGAAGACUUGUAAGUGGCCACUGUCUCCUUUUUUUAUUUUCUGUAGCUGAUAAGCUAUUUCUGGAGGACUGUCCUCCAUGUUCUGAUAUCUGCUUUUGUUCUUAAAGCACAGUACCAAGAAGUUAAAUUUAUGUGUGAUGUUUGUGUGAAGGAAACUCAUGUGACAUCUGCUUCAAAGGCAGACAAAUGUCUUGGUCUCCAGUAGGUUCAGCGGUGAUGUUGUCUUAGUAUGUACUGACUCUUGGAUUACACUGCAGGAAGUUCUUUUUAUCUGGGUGUGGAGAAAUGCUGUGUGAUGGCAAGUAAAUUUCUGGUGCUUGUCAUAAGGUCUAUUUAUUGGUUGGCUAACUAAUGCAUAGACAAUAUCACUGGGCUGGUGAGCCUAACUUGUGUCUCUGAGAUGAAUUUGGUGUUGGUAUUAAGUCACUGCUGGGGGAGAAAGGGCAGAGUGAAGGGAGCUCUUCAUUGUGAAAUGACUCGAUGACCCAGGUUGACUACUUCCUGAAGUAAAAGUCCUUCUUGUCUCUGUGCAAAAUCCAAAGUAUGCCUAAUUUUGUAAUAUUGAUAGAACAAUGUUGUAACUAGAAAGAAUGUAGCUGUCAUAACUUCAUGUUGAUGGAAAUGUCUGCACUGGGGUAAUGUGCCUUGGACUGUCUGGGGCACUCUUGUGGUCUUGUCUAUUCAGAACUCCGCUCUGGAUCUGAAAGGAGAAUGUUUUGGGUUUGUUUUUUUUCCAAGCAUGAGUCUAAUGUGAACCUGUUCACGGUCUGUCGUGGAGCAAGAUCUGUUCCCUUCAUAACUGCAAUGGCUCAAAUACCAUUUAUUUUUUUCAAACAUUAAAGGUGAAUUGACACAUUUAAA